CACAAUUUAUUGCUUUUGGUGACCCCACCGUCCCUUCCAAGUUCUCAGAACUCUGCGAGUCAACGUGAAACUCCCAAUACUUUCACAUGCUAUUUUAGGACCAAAACCUCCACUAUAUCUAUAUGUGCAUUGCUCCAAUUUCCUUCUCAUAUUGAGCUACUCCAAUCUCUCACUGAAACUAGUGAUCCAAUCCAAAACCCAAAACCAGAAAAUGGUUGUGGCUGGUUCUAGCUGUGGUGGUGGUGGGUGGAGACAGAUGGGAAGCUUCAGCUUACACGUCAUCACCGGCCGGUGGUUCAUGGUCUUUGCUUCACUGUUGAUCAUGUCUGUAGCUGGUGCUACUUACAUGUUUGGUUUAUACUCAAAUGAUGUGAAAACAUCAUUAGGCUAUGACCAAUCCACACUGAACCUUCUAAGUUUCUGCAAGGACUUGGGAGGCAAUGUUGGGAUUCUCUCAGGCCUAAUCAAUGAAGUCACACCACCAUGGGUGGUUCUCUCAAUUGGGUCAGUCAUGAACCUAUUUGGGUACUUAAUGAUCUGGCUCGCCGUCACCGGACACAUCGCCAAACCAAAAGUUUGGCAGAUGUGUUUGUAUAUAUGUAUUGGUGCUAAUUCACAGUCUUUUGCUAAUACUGGUGCUCUUGUCACUUGUGUCAAGAAUUUCCCAGAAAGCAGAGGCUCUGUUUUGGGAUUAUUGAAGGGGUUUGUGGGUCUAAGUGGUGCUAUCAUGACUCAAUUGUACCAUGCUAUCUAUGGAGACGAUUCAAAAUCCCUGAUUCUGUUGAUUGCUUGGCUUCCUGCUGUGGUUUCCUUCGUUUUUCUUCCCACGAUUCGGAUAAUCAAGAUCGUUCGCCAGGCGAAUGAGCUUAAAGUUUUCUAUAAUUUCCUUUAUAUCUCACUUGGGCUUGCUGGGUUUCUGAUGGCUCUGAUUAUUGUACAGAACAGAUUCAGCUUUGCCAGAAGUGAAUACAUUGGAGGUGCAUUUGUUGUUGUUCUGCUUCUUUUCCUCCCACUUGGGAUUGUUUUCAAAGAAGAGAUUGGUAUCUGGAGAACCAAGAAUCAGCCAUUGAAACCCACUUCAGAACUCAAAGUUAUCACUGAAAAUCCACCUCAAGUAGUCCAAGCUCAUUCAGAGAAUCAAGAAACUUCUUGUCUGCAAAACAUAUUCAAACCCCCAAACAGAGGUGAAGACUACACAAUUCUACAAGCUCUCUUCAGCAUAGACAUGCUAAUUCUCUUCAUUUCUACUACCUGUGGUGUUGGUGGCACAUUGACUGCAAUAGACAAUCUGGGUCAGAUUGGGAUUUCACUUGGUUAUCCAUCUCACAGCAUCACCACAUUUGUGUCACUGGUAAGUAUAUGGAAUUACCUUGGAAGAGCAGUGGCAGGUUUUGCCUCAGAAGUCUUAUUGACAAAGUACAAGAUUCCUCGUCCACUGCUCUUCACAUUUGUGCUUCUAUUCUCUUGUGUUGGCCAUCUUUUGAUAGCGUUUGGUGUCCCGAAUUCUCUCUACGUUUCAUCGGUGAUCAUCGGGUUCUGCUUCGGGGCACAAUGGCCAUUGUUGUUUGCUAUCAUUAGUGAGAUUUUCGGCCUCAAGUACUACUCAACAUUGUACAAUUUUGGUGCCAUGGCAAGCCCAGUUGGUUCUUAUCUUCUCAGUGUGAAAGUUGCUGGUAAUUUGUAUGAUAAAGAGGCUUUGAAGCAGAUGAAAGCUUUGGGUCUUGUGAGAAAAGCAGGGGAGGACUUGACAUGCAGAGGAGUGAAUUGUUACAAAACUGCUUUUCUUAUCAUCACUGCAGCGACUGUGUUUGGGUGUCUGAUUUCUUUUAUCUUGGUGUUGAGGACUAAGAAGUUUUAUAAAGGUGAUAUCUAUAAGAAAUUCAGAGAAGCAGCAAUGGAGGCCGAGACGAAUAUGGGUUCAAGAGAAGGAGAUGUCAAGGAAAGGAGGAGCUGAGCUGCAAAAGGAUGCGCCAUGGCGGGUUUCAACCGGAAAACCCGUCCCCAAGAUUCACCACUCCCCUGUUCUUCGGAUAUCCCAAACUCCCUAUUCCAGUUACGCCCUCUCCGUGAUGAAGCACCCGAACCCUAUAGGAGAUGGGUUAGCAACGGAAGCAGUCGUGGAGUCUGCAGGACCUGAUUGCAUCGUACCAGGCCAGAUAACGCCCAUUAAAUUACUUGGAGUCAAGGUAUGGCCUAUCAGUGUUGAUCUGAAAUUUUUGGAACCAGUUGGACGAGAACUUAAGUUGUUGGGAAAGUUCAUGGACGAUGCAGUCACUCUCAUGAACAAAUCAUUCAUUGACCGGUAGUGGCACGAAGCUGCUGAUUCGGGAUUGCAAAUUUUCAUCCAUUGUGGCAAUGAGUAGAACCGAGCCUAGCAGAGUGAGUCGUGACUGUAAAUGAGAUUCAAAUAGCCCUUUUUUGCUCCUUUUUCUCUUAUGGUAAACAAAUCUCCAGGUCAGAAAACUAGAAAAGCUUUAUUGUUGUUAUAUGGUCAGUGUGAAGAUGACACUUUUUUCAUUGUCUUUUGGGGCUCUAAAGAGUAUUUUGGGGAAGUGAACUCACGUAUUGCAGGAUGCAUUUUAUUAUAUCUCGUUUCAUCAAAUUUUGAUAAAUGUCUCUACAUUCGGAAUUUCUUUA